AUGAGGGCCAUUGCAAUCGUGCUACUCUUGGUGGCCGCCGCUGCAGGCCAGCAGAAACGCGAGGCUGAACCUGGAUACGGACACGGGAUCGGCCAUGGCUUUGGCUUAGGCUUCGGCAUUGGCCACGGUCACGGCAUUGGCCACGGUCACGGCAUUGGCCACGGUCACGGCAUUGGUCAUGGAUUUGGCAUCGGCCACGGCCAUGGAAUUGGCUUUGGUCAUGGGCACGGUCAUCAUGGUCAUGGGCAUACAGUUGUUACUGAAGUAGUCCAUGGUGGUUAUGGCCAUGGUCAUGGAAUCGGAUUUGGACAUGGCAUUGGCCAUGGCAUUGGUCAUGGACAUGGAAUCGGCUUUGGGCAUGGGCAUGGCAUCGGCUUUGGACAUGGUCACGGCUUUGGUCACGGAAUCGGACUUGGCCACGGUUUUGGACACGGCUACGACCACGGCAUCUACAAGCGCGAAGCCAAAGCCGAACCCGAAGCCAAGGCCGACCCGAAGGCAGAACCCGGCUUUGCCCAUGGCUUUGGAGGCCACGGCUUCGGCGGUCAUGGUUUUGGCGGACAUGGGUUCGGUGGCCAUGGAUUCGGGCAUGGUGGCCAUGGAUUUGGACAUGGUGGCUUUGGAUUAGGUCAUGGCUUCGGUCACGGAUUCGGUCACGGCAUCGGCCAUGGCCACGGUCACACCGUCAGUCAUGAAGUUGUCCAUGUUGGGCAUGGCCACGGUCAUGGUCAUGGAUUUGGACACGGCCAUGGAAUCGGGCUUGGUCAUGGGUUCGGACAUGGUCAUGGGUAUGGACACGGUCACGACGUGCACAUAAUUGAACACGGCCAUGGAUUCGGUCACGGGAUUGGCCAUGGUUUCGGUCACGGGAUCGGCCAUGGUUUCGGUCACGGGAUUGGCCAUGGUUUCGGACAUGGUUUUGGCCACGGAGGAUAUGGCCACCAUUAG